AUGGCGGCGGCCGGUGCGGGCCCGGUGCCGGAGGCCUCGGGCGGGCCCGGGGGGGCCCCGGGCGGGCCCCGAGCGGCCCCGGAGGGUCCCGGGGGCGGCUCCGGGAGCGGCUCCGGCUCCGGCGGCGGCGGCGGCGCCGGGAGGGGCCCCCCGGGGGCCGCGGGGACGGCGCGGGACGCGGAGGUGGCGGUGGAGAUCGGGGAGACGUACCUGUGCCGCAGGGCGGACGGCAGCUGGCACUCGGCCGAGGUGAUCCAGUCCCGCCUGAACGAGCAGGAGGCGCGCGAGGAGUUCUACGUGCACUACGUGGGCUUUAACCGGCGCCUGGACGAGUGGGUGGACCGGAACCGGCUGGCGCUCUCCAAGAGCCUGAAGGAGGCGGCGCAGAAGAGCUCCGAGCCCUUCCUGGCCGAGCUGGCCGAGCCCGAGCGCAAGAUCACCCGCAACCAGAAACGCAAGCACGACGAGAUCAACCACGUGCAGAAGACCUACGCCGAGAUGGACCCGACCACGGCGGCGCUGGAGAAGGAGCACGAGGCCAUCACCAAGGUGAAGUACGUGGACAAGAUCCACAUCGGGCACUACGAGAUCGACGCCUGGUACUUCUCGCCCUUCCCCGAGGACUACGGGAAGCAGCCCAAGCUCUGGAUCUGCGAGUUCUGCCUCAAGUACAUGAAAUACGAGAGGAGCUACCGCCUGCACCUGGGGCAGUGCCAGUGGCGGCAGCCGCCCGGGCGGGAGAUUUACCGCAAGGGCAACAUCUCGGUCUACGAGGUGGACGGCAAGGACCACAAGAUCUAUUGCCAGAACCUGUGCCUGCUGGCCAAGCUCUUCCUGGACCACAAGACGCUUUACUUCGACGUGGAGCCCUUCGUGUUCUACCUGCUCACCGAGGUCGACCGCCAGGGCGCCCACAUCGUCGGCUACUUCUCCAAGGAAAAGGAGUCCCCAGACGGGAACAACGUCGCCUGCAUCCUGACCCUGCCCCCGUACCAGCGCCGCGGCUACGGAAAAUUCCUGAUCGCCUUCAGUUACGAGCUCUCCAAGCUGGAGAGCACCGUGGGCUCCCCGGAGAAGCCGCUCUCGGACCUGGGCAAGCUCAGCUACCGCAGCUACUGGUCCUGGGUGCUGCUGGAGAUCCUCCGGGACUUCCGCGGGACCCUGUCCAUCAAGGACCUCAGCCAGAUGACCAGCAUCACCCAGACCGACAUCAUCAGCACGCUGCAGUCGCUGAACAUGGUGAAAUACUGGAAGGGGCAGCACGUCAUCUGCGUCACGCCCAAGCUGGUGGAGGAGCACCUCAAGAGCGCCCAGUACAAGAAGCCGCCCAUCACCGUGGACUCCAUCUGCCUGCGCUGGGCGCCCCCGAAGCACAAACAGGCCAAGGUGGCCAAGAAGUGAACCCGCAUUUCCCUUUUCGGGCUUUUUUCACCCCAAAUUUUGGGGCUUUUCCGCUCAAUUUUGGGGUUUUUUCCUCCAGUUUGGGGAUUUCCAAAAUUUUUGGGGGGUUUUCCCAAAAUUUUUGGGGUUUUUCCUGAAAUUUUGGGCGUCUUUCCUCUCAAAUUUUGCUUUUUUUUCUCCAUUUUUGAGGUUUUUUUCACCCCAAUUUUUGGGGCUUUUCUGCUCAAUUUUGUUUUUUUUCCUCCAGUUUGGGGAUUUCCAAAAUUUUGGGGUUUUUUCCUGAAUUUUUGGGGGGUUUUCCCAAAAUUUUUGGGGUUUUUCCUGAAAUUUUGGGGGUCUUUCCUCUCAAUUUUUGAGGUUUUUUUCUCCAUUUUUGAGGUUUUUUUUCACCCCUGUUUUGGGGUUUUUCCUCUCAAUUUGGGGAUUUCCUGAAAUUUUUUGGGUUUUUGUUCUCAAUUCUGGGAUUUUCCAAAAUUUUUGGGGGUUUUUCCCAAAAUUUUUGGGGUUUUUUUCCUGAAAUUUUGGGGGUUUUUCCUCUCAAUUUUUGGACGUUUUCUCAAUUUUUGACGUUUUUUUCACCCCAAAUUUUGGGGCUUUUCUGCUCAAUUUUGGAGUUUUUCCUCCAGUUUUGGGAUUUUCCAAAAUUUUUGGGGUUUUUUCCCUGAAAAUUUCGGGUUUUUUUCCCAAAAUUUUGGGGUUUUUUUUUCCUGAAAUUUUGGGGGGUUUUCCUCCAUUUUCUGCUUUUUUUCACCCCCUUUUUGGGGGGUUUUUCCUCUCAGUUUUGGGAUUUCCCAAAAUUUUUGGGGUAUUUCCUCUCAAUUCUGGCAUUUUCCAAAAUUUUUGGGGUUUUCCCCAAAAUUUUUGGGGUUUUUCCUGAAAUUUUGGGAAUUUAUCCUCUCAAAUUUUUUUCUCCAUUUUUGGUUUUUUUUCACCCAUUUUUUUGGGGGGUUUUUCCUUCCAAUUUUGGGCAUUUCCCCUCUCAAUUUUGGGAUUUUCACCAAAUUUUGGGGUUUUCCCCCCCAGAUUUUUGAGGUUUCCCCCCUCAAUUUUGGGUUUUUCUCCCCAGUUUUGGGUUUUUUUUUUCCCAAAUUUUGGGCGUUUUUCCUCCUUCACUUUUGGGGUUUCCCCCAGAUUUUGGGGUUCCCAAUGUUUGGAGGUUCCCAUUUCCCUCCCCCUCCCAAAUUUCGGGGUCCCCCCACCCCAAAUAAAGCACGGAAAGGACGA